UGUCAACCAAUCGUCUUGACUCCAACAUACCCGGGCUAGAGAUAAAGCCCGCAUUUCAAGCGCCUAACAGCCCGGACCACUAACGAGCGCCUUGUGAAGUAUUGAUGCUACGAUUUAGCCGUCUUAUUCCGGGCUCCCCCCCCGUGCUGUCGCCGCCGUGGCGUCACAUUCGUCGCGCAUGUGGAUCCGCGCCGUUGCCUCCACCAUGUGACGGGUCCGUGCCACCUGCCGUCACGCAGAUCGAAUCAUCGCUCUCACCCGCUAGUAAUUCCCGCGCAUAGCGGUCCGUGGCGCGUGCCGGCAUGGCCCGGGUGACGGCCGCCGCGUCGUCGCGAGGUGCGUACCGCGGCCGAGGCAGCGGCGGCAGCAGCGGUGGCAGCAGCGCGGCGAGCGGUGGCGGCGGUGGCAAGUCACCGGCGUGGAUGUACCACCAGCUGCCGAUCAUCGUGCUCACCAUCACCAACAUCAUCAUCGUCAGCAUGCUCUACAGCGACAUAUCGUGCCACGUGGACAAGGCUCUCGACGCCUCGACCUCCACCAUGGGCGCCACCACCGGGGCCGACGCCGAAAUCCGCCUUCCAUCCUCCGCCUCCUCCGCCUCCUCCGCCUCCUCCUCCCUCGCAAACCCCUCCCCUCCAUCCACCCAGCCUCCCACUGUCUCUCCUCCCCCCGCCACUCCACCCCCUUCUCUUCCGCCCCCCUCCCCUCCAGCCACAUCCCCGCCGCCCUCCCCUCCUCCCCCGAACCCCUCCCCUCCUCCCCCCCUUCCGCCCGCGCCUGUGGUGGUGGCAACGGGCUUGGCGAAUGGCGGCAUUGCGCAGGGGGUGGGGGCGGCGGGCAGAGACGGAGUGGUGAGGGAGAGGGGGACGGGGAGGGCGGGUCGUAGUACUGGAGGGGCUGGGCGGAAAGGCGGUGGGGCAGAGGGGGAGGGGGAGGAGGAGGAGGACGAUGCGGAGGAUGAGGGAGUGAAGGGGAGAGCGGCGGCGAGAGGGCACGGGGCUUGGGGCGCAAGGAAGAGGAAGGGCGGGAAGGGCAGAGGAAAGGCAGGGAAGAAGGCGAGGGGGGGAUGGGAGAGGUCCGGGGACGAGGAGGAUGACUAUGAGGACGACGAGGGGGACGACGAGGGGGAGGAGGAGGAGGAGGAGGAGGAAGGAAGGCAGCGAGCAACAGGGGGAGCGAGGAGGGGCAGCAGAAAGGCAGUGGCAGGGCGGCGAUCAGGUUCGUCUCACGCAUCUGACGCCUCUCAGCGGCGCAAGGGCAAGGGCAGGGGAAGGGCGAGGGGCAAGCUGGGGGCGAGGGGGGGCGAGGAGGAGGAGGGGAAGCGCAAGGAUAGGAGGCGGCGAGGGGAGGAGGACGAGGAGGACGAGGAGGAAGACGAGGGGGAGGGCGCGCGGGGACAUGGGGGGGCUUGGGCUCUGCGGAUGUGGCAGCGCGGGGAUGGGUAUGGGCGCAAGGGGAGUGAGAUGGGGGGGGCGGACGACAGCAGGUGGCGCUCCCAGCAGCAGGAGGGGGCGGAGGGCCGCUCGUGGGCAGCAGGGGCAGGCACAGGGGGGGCGGGGCUGUGGUCGCAGCGCAGCAGUGGGGGGCAGGCGGGGUGGCAGGGGGACGACAGGGUCAGAUGGGCACAUGCCGGGGCAACCUAUGGGGAGCAGGGCGCGGGGGCAGGGGGUUACUUGUUGUCGCCACCAGCAGCAGCAGCCGGCCGUAUGCAGAUGCUGCCAGGGGGGGGUGCCAGCACAGGCGCAGGCGCAGGCAUGGGCAUGGGCACAGGCAUGGGCGUGGGUAUAGGUGCGGGCAGCAGCAGCCCUGCAACAACUGGGUGGCGCGCGGGCGGGCUGCUGCCGUGGCUCACUGGCACCGCCUCGCCGCCCCCGGCUGACCCCCUUCCCCCUCCCCCCCCCCCAUCUCCCGCCCAAGAAACACAGGCGCAACAAGAGCAGCAGGUACAAGAGCAAGAAGCACAGCAGGUGCAGCAGCAGGCUCAAGAGCUGGGGGAAGGUACGCUAGAGAGGGUGGAUGAGGGCGACGCAGGGCAGCAGGCAGUGGAGCAGCAGCAACAGCAGCAAGAGGAGCAGCAGAAGCAAGGAGGGGGCAAGGGCGACGGCGGCAGUGGUGGGGGUGGUGGUGAUGGCGGAAAGGAAGAGACGCAAGAGAAGAAGCCUCCACGCAAGAUGGAUUUCCUGCUCUUCAGCGGCUAUCGCAGCACCAUGGACACAUUUGUCGCCAUUGGCAACAUCCGCCCCAACCGCACCUUGAACGACCUUGACUGCUGGUGGCGCACGAAGAAGGGGUCGCGGCUGGCGGGGCGGGUGUCGGUGAAACGGGUGGCGGAGAUGGCGCUGGGGCCGGCGGUGGUCAAGACGCGUGGCAAGGGCCAGGAGAUGGCAGCGCUGCUCUUCUGCAUCUUGGAGGAGGAGGCCAACCUGCGCACGGGCGGCGCGCUCAGGAUGAGCGUCAACGGCGCGGAGCUGCUGGUGUACGAGGAGGAUGCCAACCCCGGCUACAAACUCAAAUUCGCGGCGGAGGAGACGCUGGUGUACGACGUGGUGUACUGCUCGCCGCCGCUGCACCGCGAGUACGACACGCUGCGCCUGUACCAGUGGGUGGAGUACCACCGCAAGGCGCACCGCAUCGACUUCUUCCAGCUGUAUGAUGCGGGCGGCGUGACGGACGACUUCCUGGGCGUGGCGGAGUCGCUGGUGAACGAGCGCCUGCUGGCCGUGCUCGACAUGCGCAUGGCCGCCAAGCACGACCCCUUCAUGCGCGGCCAGCUGCUGGCGGCGCACGACUGUCUGUACUUUGCGCGCACGACAGCGCGCUGGGCGCUCUUUCUCGACGUCGACGAGUACCUCUUCGUCACCGCGCCGCCGCACUCCAUCCACGCCACACUCACCAAGCACAAGCGCUCAACGUUCCUGACGGUGGGGUCGGUGCGGUACUUCACGGAGCGGUGUGCGGCGGCGCCCGAGGGCGAGGAGUUCAACGGGUGGGAGGUGGAGCGCAUGGUAUUCCGUGACCCCAACCCCACGUGCACCAACACCACCAUGCACGCCAACCGCAACCUCUGCCUCGACGACCCUGGCAACCGCAAAUACAUCGUGGACCCACGCAAAACACAGAUGAUCGCGGAGCACCGGGUGCUGGAGCCGCGCAGUGGGGGCACACACCUGGACGCAGGUGAGGUGCGCAUUGGGCGCUUCCCCGACCUGCCGGUGGCGGCGCUGGAGCCAUGUGGCAAGGUGGUGAAGGAUGGCGACUGGAUCCCGCCCGCCUGGACCAGAGACACGGGCCUCGCCAAGCUGGCAGAGCGGGUCAGGCUGGACGAGUCGCAAUGAGAGGACGGCACCACACGCAGGCUGGUGGGAGUUCACGCGCGAUGGUGCUCCAGGCACGGCGCUGAGUCUUCCCAGGGGCUCGUACAUGCACACUGGGUGAUCUGGCUUGCCACCCUCACUGCUCUCGGGCAUCCUGGCAGUGCCCACAUCUAAGCUGAUCCUCCAUAUCUCACCGUACGAGGUGCACCCAUCCAGGCUGGAAGAGAGACUCGUCAAUUCAUAGUGCUUGAAAUGGAGUGCACGACCUGACCAGGGCCAUGAUUGGUUUUAGGCCACUCUUAGAAAUCAGAGUAGGAAAAAAAAAUUACCCUGACGGACAGCUAAAACAAAUCUAAGUCUGAUUUGACGGUAAUUUUUUUCGAAGUCUUUGCUUUAAGUGUAGAACCUUUUGCACCCUUUCUAGCCUUGGCCAUUUAAG